UUGAGACCCCCCGUACCCAACAACAGCCGGCAAAGUGGCGGACGUACCGAAAAUGAAGCUCAUCGACUCGGUCGUGAGGAGCUUCAAAGUGGCAAAGGUGUUCCGCGAGAAUACCGACAAAAUCAAUGCCAUCGACUUUUCCGCCAACGGCGAAAUGUUGAUAUCGUGCAGCGAGGACGAUCAAAUCGUGCUGUACGAUUGCGAGAAGGGCACCCAGAUCCGGACGGUCAACUCGAAAAAGUAUGGCGUUGAUUUGAUACACUUCACACACGCCAACAACACGGCCAUUCACAGCUCGACCAAGGUGGACGACACGAUCCGGUACCUGAGCCUGCACGACAAUAAAUACCUGCGGUACUUUCCCGGUCACACGAAAAAGGUGAUUUCGCUCAACAUUUCCCCGGUGGAGGAUACGUUUCUGUCCGGGUCGCUCGAUAAGACGCUCCGAUUGUGGGAUCUCCGGUCGCCCAACUGUCAAGGUGUGAUGCAGCUAAACGGGCGUCCGGUGGCGGCCUACGAUCCGGAGGGUUUAAUUUUUGCGGCCGGUGUAAAUUCGGAAAGUAUAAAGCUUUACGAUUUGCGGUCAUUCGACAAGGGACCGUUCGUGACGUUCAAGCUGAACCAGGAGAAAGAGUGCGAUUGGACGGGGUUAAAAUUUUCCAGGGACGGCAAAACAAUUCUGAUCAGCACGAAUGGUUCCAUCAUACGGUUAAUCGACGCGUUCCAUGGAACACCGCUGCAAACCUUCACCGGACAUCUUAACAAUAAGGGCAUUCCCAUCGAGGCAUCGUUCAGUCCCGACUCGCAAUUUAUCUUCUCCGGCAGCACCGACGGACGGGUGCACGUGUGGAACGCAGAUACCGGGUACAAGAUAUGUGUCCUCAACGGUGACCAUCCCGGCCCGGUGCAGUGUGUACAGUUCAAUCCGAAGUUUAUGAUGCUAGCGUCCGCCUGCACUAACAUGGCAUUCUGGCUGCCGACCGGCGAGGAAUAAUGUGAAAGGGGAAACAUUUGAAAUCG